UUCAUGCAACCACCAAACCCUCCCCCAUGCAAGCCAAGCCAACCUCUUCUCUGAUAUCACAAUCCAUCCCUCCCACUUCUCUCCACCGCUCCCCAUCUCCCCAUGGAGGAGCGGUUCCCACCUCCUCCCAAGGCGGACAGCCAGCACGAUGGAGGCAGCGGCAGCGAUGGCGAUCACGAAGCCAACCCCGACCGCACUCUUGUCUCCAAUCCCCACAGUCCCGAGCACUCGUUUGCCUCCGACACCUAUGUCGUCCAAAUCCCCAAAGACCAGAUCUACCGUGUGCCGCCCCCGGAGAACGCCUUGAUUGUCGAGCGCCACCAGAAGCCCGCAGGGGAGAAGAAGCGGUCGUGCUGUUGUUCUUGCUGCUGUUGCCUUUUCUUGACCAUCGUCCUGAUUGUCCUCGCCAUCACCAUUCUUGCCAUCGUUUCCUCCGUUUUCUUCAAGCUGAAAAACCCUAGUUUCCAUGUCGACAAUUUCCUCGUCAAGAACCUGACGAAGUCGCAUGACAAAAAUACCAAACUCGUAUACGAUGUCAAAUUGAAGGUUGAGAACCCGAACGCAUAUUCGAGCUUUAUCUACGAGCAAGGUGGGGUUGUCUCGCUCGCUUUCAAACAAAAGGCGAUCGCGACGGGAAAGUACACGCCUUUCGACCAGAACCACAAGACGUCGAAGGCCGUGGAUGUCGUCCUCAACGGGUCAAAUACUGUGUUACCUAAGGAGAUGCAGGAAAGCUUGGCAAGCAAUCAAAAGACCAAGAAUCACGUGACGUUUGCGUUGAAUGUGAACGUCCCGGCUAGAAGGAAAAUUUGGAAAAUAGAGGGUUCGACCUCAAGGUACGUUGCUUUGUGCCGAUUCACGGUCGAUACACUGGGAAAAGAUGCUCGUGUUCUUUCCCAGGAUUGCGAAACAGAGCGCAAAGACCUUUGAGAAUACCAUCAGCUUAUUAAGAUGGCAUGGAUUGCAAGCAUGUACUUGACGUCGUGAAAUGUGACGAAAUCUUGGAAUUUAAAACGAUCGAAAUCGUCAUUUUAUGUGGCCAUUAUUCUUUAUUUCUCUUAUUUGAAGCUAGUGGUGAAAAAUGCGGUGAUAUUGCAAUUUAAUUUUUGCUAAUUCCCUUCUUCGACUGCAGUGUUUGCAAGGUCGAACCCCGAGGAGGGAUUUAUCUGAGUCCUUUCAUACCUCUUCUUCAUCUUAUAAACCCUAAAAUUUGUAGGGUUUGUCUUUUCAUUAUCAUUUUCAUUUGGCUGUAUACAGUUUCUCUCCACCGUGUAUAUGUAUAUUUCGUAUGUUUUUGCACC